AUGGGAUUUAUUGAUUCUGUCCUAUAUUUAAUUCGUCUCAUUUUGCUGAUCUUUCUUUCUCUUUUUCUUUCUUUAACUCAUUUUUAUUUGCUUUCAUCUUUAGUGACUUCAUUUCCUGCCAUGUCUGUCCUUGUGUCGAUAAUUUCUCCUUUCUCUUACCUAUCUCUCUUUUUUGUCGUUCUCUCUUUUCUUUUCUUAAUGUAUCUUCCUCUUCUUUUCCUUGUUCUCUUUUUUCUCCUGCAAAAUAACGGAUUUUGCGCUGUCUAUCUAUCUAUCUAUCUAUCUAUCUAUCUCAAUUUGUUCAUAUCUAUCUAUCUAUCUAUCUAUCUAUCUAUCUAUCUAUCUAUCUAUCUAUGUGUCUGUCUAUCUACUUAUCUUUCUUUCUUUCUUGCUACUUAUCAAGGCCGGUAUCUAUGCUUUGUGAGGAUAUUCAAUGAAUGUAACUAUUUAGCUUUUUACUUAUCAAUCUAUCUAUCUAUCUAUCUAUCUAUCUAUAUAUCUAUCUAUCUCGAUAAAAUAUUUCUUUGA